AACAAAGUAUAAAAAGAAAAAGAAAAAAAGAAAAGAGAAAUGAAAUAAAGCCCUAGCAACAGCAUAUAGCUAAGGAAAGCCCAAUAAAAUUCAUGAAACGCGGAGAAGUUAAAAGGAGGGAAAAAGUUUUCAUGGAAAAACAAAGCUUUCCCGAGAAACAAACAUGGGGUACGUGGGAAGAGCUUCUGCUAGCUUGCGCCGUUCACCGUUACGGCACGGAGAGUUGGGACUCCGUCUCGGCGGAGCUCCGAAAGCGGAGCACCACCACGCUCCACCACGCCCUCACACCUCACAGCUGUAAACAAAAGUACCUCGACCUCCAACGCCGUUUCAACCAAAACGACCAUCUCGACGAGCUGCGAAAGCUACGCGUCGCCGAACUCAAACGCGAAGUCCAACGUUAUGAUCUUUCUAUCGUGUCUCUGCAAUUAAAAGUGAAGGAAUUGACAGAAGAGCACGUGCAGGAAGAUGAGAAAGCAACAGAAAAAUCGGAUCUGAAAAUUAUUGUAGAGGACGAAAACGAAGCCAAGGAUGCCGAACCGGUAAAUACGUCGCCGGAAAACGAUGCCGGUGAAGUCGCUCCGUGUGGAGAUUCCUAUAAAGAAUCGAAUUCUACAGAUCCGAAAAGUGAGGUACCCGAAACCGGAGGCGAGGAGACCGAAAAGGAAGCGGAACAAGUCGAACCGGUGGGCGGAGGAUCCGGACCGGUUGAGGAGGCUGCUAGACCGGUUGUGGAGGAUUCGUAUAACGGUAGCUCGGAUACGGUGGUGAAGGGAUCGGCGGCGGAGGAGAAGGGGAAACUCGGUGGAGAAUCGGGCGAGUUGUGGGAAUCGGUUUCGGAAUCGAAAGGAGAAGGAGGAGAAGAAGCAACGAAAGAGAGUAACAGUGAUGUGCAGAGCUCGGCGUGUAAUGAGGAUCAAUCUCCAGCUACUACAAAGCCAAGCUCCGUUCAAUCUCAUCCGUUGAUUUAUUUCCUCGAUACACUUCGCUCUCACUGCUCUGACUCAUUUUUUGAGUGCCGACUCCAAACCCAGGAAACAUCCAAUUACACAAGCUUGAUUCGGCAACAUGUAGACCUCAAAACAAUUCAAACAAGGCUUGAAGAAGGUUACUAUUCAGGUAAUGACAGCAAGUUCUUUCGUGAUCUGUUGCUUCUCUUCAACAAUGCCAUUUUCUUCUUUGACAAGAAGUCCUCAGAAUUCAAGUCUGCCAUCAAGCUUCGACAAAUUGUUAUAAACGAAAUGUCUUCCAAGAUUAACCUUAAGCCAGAUCCCGAGCGAAAAGAAGAAGAAAAGCCGGUGCCAUCUUUGCCCCAGUGUAUAAAAUCCGAUCCAGAACCAUCGGAUUCUUUGCUACUUAAAACGAAGAUAUCAAUCCCUCUUACUGCCUGUCGCAAACGCAGCUCAAUCACUGCAAAAGCAUUGGCAUCAUCAUCUUCAGGACCAGACAAGAAAAAAGAGCAGAUGGCCACAUUGAAGGAUGAAAAACCCGUUGUAGAAUUGAAUCAACAUGAUAAAUCCUCUGACAAAACUGAGGAAAAUCGUGUCACGAAAAAGAGAACAAGAGAAAGAUCUAAAACCAAUUCAAGAAGCUCAAGCAAAAACAGAAACAGGGGCCGUACUAAUCCAAACACGAACAAGAAUUCGGAUGCCAAUUCAAACUCUGGCUUUUCAACCAAGGGAGUGUCUGAGAAUGAGAAUUCUGAGUCUAGGCAUGAGAAGGAGAAAAAGAAUACCACUACCACCUUUAAUGCUACUGCUAAGAAGAAAAGCGCAGCAAAUUUCUUGAAUAGAAUGAAGCGAAACUCAUCGUCCCCUAAUGGCUCGUCAUUGCUAGAGACAUUGAAGAGUUGUGAUAAUAGCAAAGGAGGAGCUGAGCAGAAGAAAAAUGGUAAUGGCAAGGGUGAUUUGCGUAAAGAGCAAACCUCCUCGCGAAAAGGUUCUAGAGGUAAACAAGAGAAGAUGCAAGAGAGCCCCGGAAAAAGGAAUGUUGGACGGCCGCCAAAGAGGGCGGCGGCACCAUCUCCGGCUCUUCCAGCUAAAAGGGGUAGGGACGCUGGUGAAACGGAGGCAGGUUCUUCAAGGCAUUCAAAGAAACGUUCAAGGAAGUGAUUGUAGUUUUCAUAAUGUUGUUGUCGUUUUAAGGUUAUCUUAUAACAACACGUUUGUUAUUUAUUUUAUUUUUUUCACGCCUCUAUUUAUUUCCUUUUAACUUAUGUAGGGGUUGUAGAGUACAAAUCAUGUCAAAUUUCUAAUUGUAUCUAAUGUUGUUGAUUACAUAUGUAGCUCUA